AUGUUUUGGACUAGUAGAUGUUUGUUUCGUGCAUGUGCAGCUGUUCGCCAUGUUGUCGAUGGUAAAUGGGUUACUACGCAUUACACGCGACGUCCACGUAAAUUAGAUGAACGGUGGAAAGAAAUUGAUAUGGGGCGAUCAAGCGACAAUUAUGAUGUUGUUGUUGUUGGUGGUGGACCAGCUGGUUUGUCAACUGCUAUUCGACUACGACAACUUGCUAUGCAAAAUAAUAAGGAAAUUAGAGUCUGUUUGCUGGAAAAAGGUCCUGAAGUUGGUGCUCAUACUUUAUCUGGUGCUGUUAUCGAAACUAGCGCACUCGAUGAAUUAUUUCCCGAUUGGAAAGAUUCAGCUCCUGUUUUUCAAAAAGUUUUAAACUUGCAGAAGGAAUCGAUAGCUCUUCUCACCGAAAAACGUCGAAUCCCAAUUCCAGUUUUACCUGGAAAUCCUCUUAAUAAUCAUGGAAAUUAUAUCGUCAGAUUAGGUCAUCUGGUAAAAUGGUUGGGACAAAAAGCAGAAGAAUUAGGUGUCGAGGUAUAUCCAGGAUAUGCAGGCCAAGAGAUUCUAUUCAAUGAAGAUGGAAGUGUCAAAGGAAUUGCGACAAAUGACGUUGGAAUAGCGAAAGAUGGAGCACCUAAGGAAAAUUUUGAACGAGGCAUGGAACUACUUUCGAAAUGCACAGUUUUUGCGGAAGGAUGUCGCGGCCACCUUUCAAAACAAAUCAUAGAAAAAUUUGAUCUUUGUGUCAGCAGUGAUCCGAUGUCUUAUGGUAUUGGUGUUAAAGAACUUUGGAUUGUGGAUAAAUCAAAACAUAAGCCCGGAUACGUUGAGCAUACUCUAGGAUAUCCAUUGGCUCGUGAUCAGUACGGUGGUUCUUUCAUGUAUCACAUUGAAGAUAAUGGUCAACCUUUAGUUGCAGUUGGAUUUGUAGUUGCAUUGGAUUAUAGGAACCCUUACAUAAAUCCUUACCAAGUAAGAAUGAUUAAAAUACUCACUCAUGUUUUUGUUUUUAAUUUCGGAUCUGAUGUUCCAGAAAGCAUAAUGGGGUACAACUUUCAGGAAUUCCAAAGAUAUAAAUCUCAUCCAUCAAUUCGGAGAUAUUUAGAAGGCGGUCAGAGAAUCGGUUAUGGUGCUCGAGCAUUAAAUGAAGGUGGUUAUCAGACUGUACCAAAAUUGAAUUUCCCAGGUGGUUGUAUUGUUGGUUGUUCCGCAAGUUUACUUAACGUUGCAAAGUUAAAAGGAGUUCAUAAUGCAAUGAAAAGCGGCAUGGUAGCAGCAGAUAUUAUCUUUCCAGAAUUGGAGAAGCAGGCAACUGUAAAUCCUGUUGAGUAUGAAUCUACUCUCCGGCAAACGUAUGUGAUGCAAGAUAUGAAGAAAACACGAAAUAUAAGACCAUCAUUCAACACAAGUAUGGGGUGGAUAGGUGGUAUGAUCUAUACAGGACUUUUUUACCUAUUGGGGAGAGGCAGUGAAUUUUGGACCUUGCACCAUGUAAAAAGAGAUAAUGAAAUAACAGAACCAGCCAUAGAGCAUAAACCGAUAGAAUAUCCAAAACCCGAUGGAAAAAUAACAUUUGAUUUACUUUCCUCGGUGGCAUUAACAGGGACGAAUCAUGAAGAGAAUCAACCAUGUCAUUUGACACUAAAAGAUGAUGAUGUCCCAGAAACCAUAAAUCUAGCAAAGUACGCUGGUCCUGAAGCAAGAUUUUGUCCAGCUGGUGUUUAUGAAUUUGUGCCUCGAGAAAGUGGUUCCGACGAACUUCGGCUGCAGAUUAAUGCUCAAAAUUGUAUUCACUGUAAAACAUGUGAUAUAAAAGAUAUUACACAAAAUAUCAAUUGGGUAGCACCCGAAGGUGGUGGUGGACCGAAAUAUGAUGGAAUGUAA